GAAGACGACCUGCGCCGGAGAGUCGGCCAUCGGCGGUCUCUCACACACACUCAGAGCCAUCAACGAUCAUGGAUAGGCACAGGGGAGACCGCUCCAGUGGCAAUCACGAUGGAGGCAGAGGAGGGAGGCACCACCACUCACGGAUGUCCUCCCGCUCCUCCUCCGGGCACCAUGAUUAUCCCAACCAGCGGCAGCCAUUCUCCAGGGGAGGCGGCGGUGGUGGCGGCGGUCCUUCAGGAGGUCACCGCUACCCUCCCAAUAAUUUCCCCAUGCACCAUUCUGGUGGUGGUGGUGGUGGUGGUGGAGGUGGGGGGCGUUCUGGUGGCGGUGGGGGCAACAUGCGGCAGGGUUCUGGGUACGGAGGUUCUCCUCAACCACCGUAUCUCUCCGGCCACAAGCGACCCAGCAGCGGGUUUUCCAGUCCCAGCGGUGGAGGCGGUGGGUUCUCUCGUCGAGGCUCCUCCCCUGAUUCUACUGAUACUGGUACUUUUGCAAAGCUUUUUGUUGGGUCGGUUCCAAGGACAGCCCGAGAGGAAGAAAUCCGACCUUUGUUUGAAGAGCAUGGCAAUGUGCUUGAAGUUGCUUUGAUCAAGGACAAAAGAACUGGUCAACAGCAAGGUUGCUGUUUUGUUAAAUAUGCAACAUCAGAAGAAGCUGAUAGAGCCAUUAGAGCACUCCAUAAUCAAUGUACAUUGCCGGGGGGUUUGGGCCCUAUACAAGUUAGAUAUGCUGACGGUGAACGUGAACGCCUUGGUGCAGCCGAGUACAAAUUGUUUGUUGGUUCCCUUAACAAACAGGCAACAGAAAAAGAGAUUGAGGAGAUAUUUUCACCUUAUGGGCGGGUUGAAGAUGUUUAUAUCAUGAGAGAUGACUUGAAACAAAGUAGAGGAUGUGGAUUUGUCAAAUUCUCGUACAGGGAGAUGGCAGCUGCAGCUAUAGAUGCUCUCAAUGGGAAGUAUAUGAUGAGGGGGUGUGAUCAGCCUUUGACAGUCAGAUUUGCAGAUCCAAAGAGGCCAAAAACUGGAGAUUCAAGGUCUGGGCCUGCAUUUGGGGGUCCAGGUUUUGGCCAACGAUCACAGUUACCUCCCAUGAACAGGUCUGGUUAUGACUACCCAAUACCGACGCCCAAUGCUGGUGGUAACAUGGGAAUUAGGAUGCCACCAAACUCUUGGCAUCCAAUGAGUCCGGAGAACUUUGGGAUGCAUUCAUCUCAGGUUAACAGUAAUGUCAUUGGUGGCCAUCCAGGUGUUAGAGGUGGUGCUGGAGCUGCAUCAUCUGCAACGGCUGGUGCAAUGGGAUUAGGCGUCCUUGGAGCUGGAGGGCCACCAAAUGGUUCACUUUUAGGUCCUGCAGUUGCACCUAUUCCUUCAUCCCAACAGGGUUUGAAUAUGCCUUUGAUGCAAGCCCAACCUUUUGGUCAGCCACUAUCACCAUCGAAAAAGUCUCUUCCAUCUCCACAGCACUUGCCAUCCUCCUUGCAACAUCAGCAGCAGACUUCAUCUUAUGCUCAGGGGCAAACGCCACUAACAUCUGUACAGUUCAGUCAACAGCUCCAAACUCCACUUUUGAUGAACCAGCAGGCAUUUGGCCAAAGGCCUCCACCGCAACAUUUAUUUAGCCUGAAUAAUCAACUGUCUAGUUCACAGCCUCAAAUCCAUCAAAUGACUCCUGCCCUGCAGCAGAUUCCAUCAAGUUCACAGCUGCAGAGUGGGCCAGUUUCAGUACCUCAUGCACAGUUAGCUUUGGUUGCAAACCAGAUGCCACAGCUGCAGGUUCAACCGUCCCCUGGGCAUCAGCAGCAGUUGAUGCUACAACAGCAGGCACAGGCAUCACAAUUGAGUUUUCAGUCUCCACAGCAUGCAUAUUCUCAGCUUCAGCAACAAUUGCAUAUGGUCCAGUCUACUUCUCAAAGUCAAUCACAGCCAAUAUCCCAGCCCCACAAGCAACAGACUUCAUGGGCUGAUGUGGUGCCACAGACAGUUGCGAGCACUCCUGCAACCACGGCUGUAAUUGCCUCGUCGAAUGCGAUGGUCCCUGUUAUCCCUGUAAGCUCAAAGACAGAAUCACCAGUUACUUGUAAUUGGACUGAACAUACUUCACCAGAAGGAUACAAAUACUACUACAAUAGUGUGACACGUGAAAGUAGGUGGGAGAAGCCUGAAGAGCUGAUUGCAUUUGAACAAAAGCAGCAGCAGCAGCAACCACAACAGCAUCAACAGCAAAUGCCACCAUCUCAGCAUCUUCAGGCACAAACUCAAGCUCAGCUGCAGUCACAGCUGCAAUCUCCACAGCAGGUUUCUCAAUCACAACAGCAGCAGCCUGCACAGGGACAACAACAACUGCAGGUGCAACACCAGCAACCAGGAUUGUCCACGUUGUAUCAGACUACUGGUGUUCUUGGUUCACAAAACAUUCAGGGUCUUAGUUACAUGCAGUUGCAGGGAGCCGGUUCAACUAUUGAUCCUUCACGCCUUCAGCAAGCUGUUGCAGCCCAGGAGUGGAUGUGGAAAAAUAAACCGACAGGAAAUUAAGUGCAGGAGAUGCUGGACCCACAAUCACCUAUGUGGUUGCUGUAAUCAUGAGGACUUGUAGCAGUUUCUGAGUUGAAUUGUAUCAAUCAAUUUUAUUGAGAUCAGUUCGUCAGGUUGUUUAAUACCAUUAUGGUGUAGGGCUAAAAGCUGCCAUCUUUUCUCGAGUCCUGACUUGGUUUGUCGGUAGGGCUACAGAGAGGAAACAACUAAAGAGCUGGUAUUGUGUAUCAAACUAACCAAGUUGAUUUAACAACCGACGGGUAGUCGUUGCUCAA